AAUACAUAGCACAAACAGUAGCGAUACAAGGCUGUACAUAAAAACAAUUAUAGUGGGCGUAAAAUAGUAUUUUCAAUAUGUCGACUGUACAAGCAAAUCAGAAGAUGACUCGGGAGCAAUACCGUAAGCAUCAAGAAUUGGAUGCUGCGCGUAAGGCUGGUACUGCCCCUCCCGAGCAGGAUGAGGAUGGAAGGAUGAUCAAUCCUCAUAUACCUGAGUACAUCAGCAAAGCACCCUGGUAUAUUUCUGAUGGUAAAGCUGGUUUGAAGCAUCAAAAGGCACAAAAAGAAACGAUAAAGACUGGAAUGGAUGUGUGGCAUCACAGGGGUGCAAGAGUGAAAGGUCCUGCAUCGCAAAAGUUUAAGAAGGGGGCAUGUGAGAACUGUGGAGCGAUGACACACAAGAAAAGUGACUGUAUGGAGCGACCCAGGGGGAAAGGUGCCAAGUGGACAGGUGAGGAUAUACAGAAAGAUGAAGUAGUGGUAAACCUAGACGGGCUCGAGUUUGAAGUCAAGCGUGACAGGUGGAAUGGUUACGAUAAUAGUGACUAUCAAGAGGUGGUGGACGAGUUUGCACGUGUGGAUAAAAUGAAGCUUGAGAUCAAGGCCAAAGAGGUAGCAGAUGAGAUGACGCAAAAGAAUGUGGUUGACGAUGAAGACGCUGAGAUUGACCCGGAUUCCGAGAUGAUCGGGUACACGGAAGGUGCUUCUAUGCCUGGACAAGCGUAUGAUGCAAAGAAACGAAUCACGGUCAGAAAUCUUCGUAUCCGUGAGGACACAGCGAAGUAUUUGCGAAAUCUUGACCCAAAAAGUGCACAUUACGAUCCUAAGACACGAUCUAUGCGUGGAAAUCCUUAUGCGGGUUCGGGCAAAUUACAAGAAGAGAGAGAAUAUAUACCAGAGAACUUCAUUCGCUAUACAGGCGACGCGAAGAAGGUAGCUGCUAUGCAGCUAUUUGCUUGGAAUAAGUCAGAAAGAGGGGAGAAUGUUCAUGUGCAAGCACUACCAACGGCCACAGAGUCAUUGUUAAAGACCGAGAGAACUCACGUGGACGAAGCGAAGGAGAAGGAGCAGCAGAGCAUCAUCGAAAGAUACGGCGGAGCCAAAUAUUUAGAUGCGCCACCGCAAGAACUUCUAUUGGGGCAAACAGAACACUAUGUGGAAUAUGAUCGCAGUGGAAAUGUGGUAAAGGGACAGGCGAAGGCGAUAGCAAAGACCAAAUUUGCAGAAGAUAAACACUUUAAUAAUUCGAUGCUAUUUUAUUUCGACUUCUCUACAACUAUAUCUCACGCUGAUCACAUGAUGCCUUUCGCAUAG